UAUUAUUUGUAAAAUAGGGGCUUUAUGGAGAGUGUGUAUACAUGGCUAUAAGUAUAACCACCAAGUUUAUAGUUCAUUAAUUUAAGGAAAUGAACAAGUGUCUCAGCCCUCAGGGGACUAUUUGGCCAACCAGCUUAUUCCUGCUCGAAAAGCAAAAUGUUAUUGAUAGCGUAAAAAAAAACAUCAACUUCGAAGCACAUGCUGAUUGAUGGACUAGCAUUACUCAACAUUACUUACUACCUUCCAGCCACACUCUACAUUCAGUGAAGGUAAAAUAGAAAAAAAACAACAACAUAAUAGCAGCUCAUUCAAAUGGAACCACAAUCAGAACCUGAAAAUUUGUAUACGUUAACAUAUGUUGAAUUUUGACAUUAGCUACUUUUAAGUUGACACUAAGAAAUAAACAGUAUUGAGCAUUGAGUAGUUGCAUAUUGUAAAUUUUUCCUCAUCACUUUUAUCAUUUAAUAGUUGUUUAUUGAUUUUAAUGGAACCAGAUUCGGAAACAGAACCGUUAGGUGGAACCAGAACCGGAACCGGCAAAUUUCUAACGAUUCCCAACCCCACAGUCAGGAACACAGACAUACAAACUUCCCCAACUCACACCCACUGUACAAGACAUGCUUAACAGAUCAAAGAAAAUGGAUUAACAUUAAAUGGCAUGUAAUAUAAAAUAGAUAUUCUGCUUCGUACAGCUUUGGUUAAAUGUUAAUGCCCCUCUGAUUAGCCUCCUAACUGUGCCGCUGUUACCUGAAUCGACUGCUAUAUUUGGAUGACUUUCAAACACUGUCCCUUGUCUGCAGACCCUUCCAAGUAGCCUCUCAAUGUUUUCCUUUCAGUCACAGAAGCACUGCCUCUCUCCUGCCUGUAAUUACAUCCAUCAAGGCUCUCUGCCAACUGUCAUACUUCAUAAAACAAGACAUCUCUUCCUCCACAGUAUAGAUUAUCUAUUUCAGGACACCUUGUCACUACAAAAAAAUAUUCCUCCACACCCAUAUGCACACAUAUUUGCAAAUACCCUAGCAAAUUUAUCAUAAUUACAUACAGUAUUACAUAAAGAAACUUAUUAUCCACACAAAAAAUGUCUUGCACAUCAUUCAUUUGCCCUCUAAGCGGAUUGAGAUCCAGGUCUUUGUUUUCAACAUCUCAUAACUCAGGACCUUUACACCUUACGAGUCAAAUAAAGCAGUCCAAUUGUACUCAACAGAUGGGCUGAUGCAUUAAAACAGAGCUUUAAUAAUUAUUUUAACUCUCAGUGUGGCUGUAUUUUUUUAUUUUUUUAUUUUUCAUGAAAAAUCAAUGAGUGCGCACUUGCAUAAUAAAAAUUGUGUGUCUGUACUGUGUGUUUGUCAGCUAUGGGAUUCUCUCAGUUGUGCAUUAGAGCUAAUUGUGUUACAGCUCUGAGAAGAGAGAAGGAUGAGCUCAUCCACUCCUGAUGUGCACAGCCAGAAAAGUAAUACCGAUAAUAGUGUUCCUAAUCAGGUUUGUUUUGAAGAGACAGACCAGAAAUUAGAAGCAUACACAAUUUUCAUUUUUCGAUGAGCCAUUGCUGUUUAAACAAGAGUUGCCAUCCUGAAAAGCGUUUGAUCAAGAUACAUGUCAGUGUAACUUUAUUCUUAGGCUUCAUCGUCCAGCUUUUUCUCUGGUGGUCUUUUCUCUUAACCUUGCUGUAAGUGGAUGAAGCAGACCUUCGAGGAGGCUGAUAAGAAUGGAGAUGGUCUUCUGAAUAUUGAAGAGAUCUACCAGCUUUUACACAAGUUGAACGUCAACUUGCCUCGCAGAAAAGUCAAACAGAUGUUCCAGGAAGCAGACACGGAUGACCAGCAGGGCACACUGACGUUUGAGGAGUUCACUGUCUUCUAUAAGAUGAUGUCAUUAAGACGAGACCUCUAUCUACUGCUCAUGUGUUUCAGUGAGAAGAAGGAUCACCUGACCGCAGAGGAACUUGGCAACUUUCUGCGUGUCGAGCAAAAGAUGUCCAAUGUGACCCCUGAGUACUGUCUGGACAUAAUCAAUAAGUUUGAAGUCUCUGAGGAGAACAAGCAGAAUGGAGUUCUUGGAAUUGAAGGGUUCACCAACUACAUGCGGAGCCCAGUCUGUGAUGUGUUCAACCCUCAGCACAACGAGGUCAAUCAAGACAUGGAUCAGCCUCUGUGUAACUAUUACAUAGCCUCUUCCCACAACACCUACCUGACUGGAGAUCAACUGCUGUCCAACUCAAAGACGGACAUGUAUGCUUGGGUCCUGCAGGCCGGCUGCCGCUGUGUGGAGGUGGACUGUUGGGAUGGUCCAGACGGGGAGCCUAUGGUCCAACACGGUUACACACUGACCUCCAAGAUCACCUUUAAAUCUGUCAUUGAGACCAUCAACAAAUACGCCUUUGUAAACAAUGAGUUUCCCGUGAUCCUGUCCAUAGAGAAUCACUGCAACAUUCAGCAGCAGAAGAAGAUAGCUCAGCACCUGAAAGAGAUUUUCGGAGACAAGCUGGAUGUGGGGGAGGCUCUGAACAAAGACCCAAAGCAGCUCCCCAGUCCGAACUCCCUGAAGGGCAAGAUUCUUAUAAAGGGGAAGCGUCUUCCUCCGUACUUGUCUGCAGAUGCUGAAGAGGGUGAGGUGUCUGAUGACGACAGUGCUGAUGAGAUUGAAGAUGACUUCAAGCUGAAGAAUAGCAUGUCCAAUGGGUCCAGUCAGCAGGUGGAGUCCCACAUCAGGAAGAAACUAGACUCGCUGAUGAAAGAGUCUCAAAUCGGGGACAAAGAGGACACAGACAGUUUCUCUAUCCGAGCGCUGCUCCGUGCCACCCAUGAGGGAAUCCAAAGAAACCUGCGCAAGAAUUCCAAAGACGGAAUGAAGAAAUCCCAGAGCCGCUCUUUCAUUAGCAACCUCAAGCACAAGAGGCACUCCAAAUCAAGGCUGAAAUGUCAGAGUGUUGAGACAGACGAUGACGGGCAGCAGGAGCCAUCAGGUGGACAGUUUAACAGAGGUGGAAGGAGAAGGAAAACGAUAAAGAUGAGUAGAGAUCUAUCAGAUCUGGUGGUGUUCACCAACUCUGUGGCCUCUCAGGAGUGUUUAGACGAGGGAUCACCCUAUAAUGUUCUGUCGUUUAGUGAGACACGAGCUCAGCACCUGGUGCACCAUCGAUCCGAGCGCUUCUUGAAUUUCAACCAACGACAGCUCUCUCGGAUCUAUCCCUCUGCCUACCGGAUCGACUCCAGUAACUUUAACCCACAGACAUACUGGAAUAUGGGAUGCCAACUUGUGGCUUUAAACUACCAGACUGAUGGCCGUAUGAUGCAGCUGAACAGAGCAAAGUUUAUGGUGAAUGGAGGCAGUGGCUAUGUGCUCAAACCUGGCCCAAUGUGUAAAGGCUCCUUCAACCCACUGAAUGAUGAUCCGCUCCCUGCUAAUCCGAAGAAACAGUUGGUGAUAAAAAUCAUUAGUGGACAGCAGCUGCCCAAACCUCCCGAUUCAAUGCUGGGAGACCGUGGUGAGAUCAUUGAUCCCUUCGUUGAGGUAGAGAUUAUUGGACUUCCGGUGGACUGCUGUAAAGAACAAACCAGAGUUGUGGAUGAUAAUGGAUUUAACCCUGUGUGGGAAGAGACUCUGUCUUUCACACUUCACAUGCCCGAGGUGGCUCUAGUACGCUUCCUGGUUUGGGAUCAUGAUCCCAUUGGACGAGACUUUGUUGGCCAGAGGACCGUAGCUUUCAGCAGUCUCAUGCCAGGAUAUAGACACGUUUAUUUGGAAGGAAUGACAGAGGCAUCGAUUUUUGUCCAUAUCACAGUGCAUGACAUCUAUGGGAAGGGUCGUCAGUUGCGAGGUUUUAAAGGCUUAUUUAAUAAAAGUUCCAAAUCCUCAGUGGACACACAUAUUGGAGUUCCACCUCGUAAGCGAUCCAUAACCGACCACCUCCUUCGGAGGACUGCCAGUGCCCCUGCUAAGGGCCGCAAAAAGAUAAAGAUGCCACUGACUGAAGCUACAAGUGACAGAGAAAACAGCACUGGAGACCCUCAAACCACUUGUGUAGAGAGGAGAGCAGAAAACAGAAAAGGCCUCCAACACCGCCCAGCAUCCAUGCCCCUGGAUAAGCUCCUACAUAGCCACCUCAGCCUGUCCAACCCAGAUCGGGAUGGCCCUGAUCCUGGAGCUGACAGAGUCAUUGAUUCCUUCCUCAGUGAGAAACCCAGAUCUAUCUCAGUGGAUCUUCUCUUUGAAACUUCUGCCUUCAAAGAACCUGAUUUCCAUGCCCUUUCAGCUGACAACAUUCAAGACUUUACCAUAGAGCCCAAAGAUACAAAAGAAACUCCUUACCUGGUAAUUGAGGGCAGUAAGGAAAGUCUGGGUAAUCCUCACCAGGAACACUCAAGAGGUGGACUCACCCAGACCGAAGCUGAUAAAUUAUGUUCUUCCAAAGAGCCAGCGGACCACUCAUCAGGUCCUACAAAUCAGUGUAAUGGUGGCAGUCGCUCACUUAUUGAAGUAAGUCAUAGAGAUUUAAGCCAGUUGGAAGCCCCUAAAAAGAACAUUUCAAUAGCCAAGGCAGCCACGUAUUCCUCGACUUCCUCUUCUUCCUCAUCUUCAGGAACCAUCACCAAAUUUUCUCCUAGAAUGACUCUGCCAGACCAGAAGAGUCAAGUGUCCCUCCAGGACAGUGCUCUCUCUCGCCUUAUUGACGCUGUCUCACUAGAGAACGAGUAUGACACCUGUGGGUCCAUAUCUGCUCUGAUUGGCCAAUUUGAGCUCACUCCUGAGCAGAGCUCCCUAAUUCCAUCCAACACACAACCCAUGAAAAAUUAUCUUCCUCCGUCUGACCUUACUCAUCUCAACACUGAGCUUUCCAGUACACCACUAAAAGUUAUCAAAAAAUCUGUGUGCGCAACCUCCGAGCUAACUGAGAGACCAUCUAGUCCUAAAACGACUGAACCAGCAUUCUUUACCAUCUUGGAUGAGGAGGUGCUUUCUCCUGUUCCUACAAACAGCCUUUGUCAAACCAACUUUCACAAUGACUUGGUUUGUUCUGCUGUGGUCAGCAAAGGAUCAUCACCCAACAAGAUGACUGUAGAAUGGUCUGCACAUGGAAAUCUAAAGCAAAACUAUGGCAGUGAAUUCCAUUCCACUGGUUCCUUUAGAAACUUUGAAUUCGGAGGAUACAGAGAAACCUCUAUCAACAGCACAGCCUCAGACUGCUUCUUGCUAUGCCAAAACUCUGCAAGCAGCAGUCUGAUGGAGGUGGAGAUCAAUGUAGACGGGGAUCCCUUAGACAACACACUGACCCCUUUGAGUCCUUAUCACAGCUUAAAAAGUGCUCACAGCUUAAACCAUACCUCUCCCUAUCAUGUACAAAGACUUGAACCAACCCAUCUCCACAAACCCUCAUACAGUCCCUCUCCUGUUCACUCAUACUCCACAGACACAUCACCCUUUCACAGACACUACCAAUCUCCACACCAAAGUCUGAACUCUAACAAACACCAUACUAACAAAUCACAGCGAAGGAAGUUUAACGGUAAUGACUCCGGGAGUUUUACACUUGGUGACAACAGAAUAGAUGCCACAGAGGGAAGGCACCAGGAGACAAGACACCAAAACAGCUUGGUCAGCAGGGCAGAACAUAAACACAAAAGCUCUUUGUCCUCAGAAUGUCUUGCCAAACCUCAAGGCUAUCAUAAUUUGUUAAAAAGGGACUUGUACACACCUGUAUCAGACUACAACAUGAUUUCAGUUGAAUCGCAAGACUCUUAUUCCCUGCCAUGUUCACACAAUCAGGCCUCUCCUGUACCUCCUCCUCAGAUGUACAACAGACUUUCUCCAUCUUCCUCCAAGUCCAAGAGCCUGGGAGACCUGACCUCUGAUGACAUUUCAUGUAGCUUCCAGAGCAAGUACAAGUCAAUCAGCCGAAGUUUUGUCACUCCUGCAAUGAAAGACCAAAGACGGAUAUGUGGGUUGUCUGGUCGUCUGAAGUCCACCGAUCCCUUAACUGAGCAGCUUCGCAAGCUUGUAACAUUGGAAAAUGAAGACUAUGUGCACUCCCUCCCCACUUGCUCUCAACCCAUCCCAAAACCCCUGUCAGUGAUCCCUUUGGUUUCUCAGAGCCCUGCUGAUGAUCCUGAAGACCCUCCACCAUUUCUGUCAAGGCGACUGUCGUCCCGCAGUCAAAGUCGCGUACGUCAUAUAGCUAAUCGUGCACGUGAGAGACAGCAGGAGGCCUUCAAACACCGGCCUGUUGAGGGAACCAUGGAUGUAGUACUCCGUAAUAAGCCAGUCUCCUCCCAAAAUGCUCCACUGAACAGGCAUUCUACAGGCUCCUAUAUCGCUGGUUACCUGGACGAGCGGAGUCCUGAGGCCCGGGGCUUGCCCGAAGGAGCCUGCACCUCACUACACUAUGGAUACGGAGAUUGCUACUGUAAUGAUGAUCCUGUACAACCUCCUGACUUCUCCAACUCAUCAGAACCUGAGGUCUUCUUCCUAUUUAGGCUUUGACCCUUUCAUCUCACCUGCUGUUUUGACUGUGCAUGUAUUUCCUAGUAACAGUUGCAACUACAGUACAUGUAGCAGGACACUUCCAGAACUGUGUACAUAUGGCAUAUAACAUGGUCUCCUAAAUGUGCUACUCCUGCUGUAUUUAACAGAUUAUUUUAUAUACAUGUGGUCCCUGUCAUGCUUGAAAAAAAAUGUUGUUCAAAAUGUGUGUUGUCUCAAGAUUACAAAAAAUAAUAUCAGUAAAUAAUUGAUUUGGAUAUUUCUUGCAGACAUUUUUGUUUGGUCAGCUAUUUUUUAAACUAUGAAGUACAACAAAGUUAUGAAGGGGCUUCUCUUUUUAUUCAGUCUUCCUGCAUAUUAUGUUAUUUGUAUGUCUGUGUUUGUACAUAUGUUGUUAAAUUUAUCCUCAGUCAAAGCAGUAUUGGUUGUCAUUUAAAUUUUAACUACUUUUUUUUCCUUUAGCAUGUAAACCGUGAACAUUUUCAGCAUGACUAUGCACAGACCUGUAGAUGCUGUGCUCUCACUUUGCACAGAAUGAUUCUGUUGUAUUGAAUGCAAUACAGCACAUUUACCUGCUUGCUCUGACUUGCUUGCUUUUUAUUAGUCAUGAAUUUAAAGAAGUUUGAAACUCUUCUUCAUAUUCUAAAGCUGUAUGGUUGAAGUUUUAUUUUUAUAAUUGCUUUGAUACAGAGAGCAAAAACAAAAUUUGUUCGACUUAAUAUUUAGUUGUCUUUUUAAAGAGACAUUUUUUUUUAUUUUUACUCCUCUGUGCUUAAAGACAUCUAGUCUGUUGUUCUUUGUAUUGUUGCUCAUCCAAGAUGAGUGUAAGCAUUUUCCUACCAAUGCAAUAAAAUUAGGAAAUGUUU